AUUGAAUCAACCGAAUUUUAAUUUUUCUUUAAACCAAUCUUUGAAACUAAACCUCUCUCAAAAAUAAAGAAUGAAAAAAAUAACCCCCCUGCAAAUUAUAAUGCUUGGAUACUUUGGCUAUGGCGGUGUUUAUGUUUAAUGAUCAAAAAGCUCUGUUUUUUAUGCAAGCGUGGCGGAAGAACAGAGAAAGGGGUUUAUUAUCUGACCCAAGGACCCAUUUUCAAUAAAGCUUCUGGUGAGAAAUUGAGGAAAAGCUUUCGAGUUUGUACAGAAAGUGGCACAGAUUCUGAAAAUGGGUGGAUUGUGCCUUCACUGCAUCUCUAAAGACGAAAGUGAAUGUCUUUGUGUGGCAAGUCCUUUUGGUUUCUAGUGCUUUGAGUUUGGUCCUGGAGAGAGGUUUUUGAUUAGUGCUGUUCAUCAAAUUUAGAAGAGAUGAAUGUAAAUGAGAAAGACGAGUUUUCACCGGAGAAGAGGAAUCGUGAGAGUACAGUGAACUAUGAUCCGGUUAAUAAUAAUCCUCCGCCUGCAGAUUGGAGAAUCUCUGGCUCUAAUCCUGUCUCUGCGCCGAUUGAUUCGUACCAUACAGAGAAUCUGAUCUCAGCUUGUGCCUCGUCUUGUUCUCCAUCUCAGAUGAUGGAUUCGUUUGGGCAAACUCUUUGGUACGAUCCAACAAAUGUUCAGUCUUUAGGUGGUUACGGCGGUUUCAAUGGUGGUAAUGCCUCGUCUUCUUCCUCCUUCAAUAGAUCUCUUGAAAUGGGUUGGAAUCUGCCUAACUUGUUGCCUCCUAAAGGCAAUGGUCUCUUCUUGCCUAACGCCAGCAGCUUCCUCCCUCCGAGCAUGGCUCAGUUCCCGGCUGAUUCAGGGUUCAUAGAGCGUGCGGCGAGGUUUUCUCUCUUUAGCGGUGGGAACUUUAGUGACAUGGUGAAUCAACCGCUUGGGAAUCAUGAGUCUAUUGGUUUGUUUCCGAUGCAAGGACCGUGUCCUAGUAACGAAGUAAAUGUUGGUGAAGCUCAUAACGAUGCAACUAGAGCAGUGAAAUCUAGUGAACAAGCUGCUAAACAGAAUGUUCCUGGAUCGGGAAAUGUAUCGGAGGAUACUCAGUCUAGUGGUGGUAACGGUCAGAGAGGCGGUGAAACUUCUUCCAAAGGCUUUGAUUCAAAGAAGAGGAAAAGAAAUGGGCAGAAGAACUCUGAAGCAGAUCGAUCUCAGCAAUCUGAGGAAGAACAAGACAACAAUGGUGAUAAGAAGCGGAACGACGAGCAGAGUCCGAAUUCACCGGGGAACAAAACAAACAGUGGGAAGCAACAACAGGGGAAACAACAAACGUCUGAUCCAAAAGAUGGGUAUAUUCAUGUAAGGAGAGAGAAAAUCAGUGAAAGGAUGAAGUUUCUUCAAGAUCUUGUUCCGGGUUGCAACAAGGUGACUGGUAAGGCUGUUAUGCUUGACGAAAUCAUAAACUAUGUUCAAUCAUUACAACGCCAAGUUGAGUUUUUAUCGAUGAAACUUGCAACUGUGAACCCACAAAUGGACUUUAACCUUGAAGGUCUUCUCGCAAAAGAUGCGCUUCAACUACGAGCCGGUUCUUCAUCUGCAACACCAUUUCCACAAAACCUGUCAAUGGUUUAUCCUCCUCUACCACAUGGAUUCAUGCAACAGACCCUUUCAAACAUCGGCAGGAACACUAGCUCUCCGUUGUCUCCCAUGAAUGGUGGAUUCAAACGACAGGAAACAAAUGGAUGGGAAGGUGAUCUGCAGAAUGUGAUCCACAUUAACUAUGGAGCUGGUGAUGUCCCACCUGACCCUCAAGCAGCAGAUACGGAAUCUCUUCCAGCUGCAAACAUGAAGGUUGAGCCCUGAGAUAAUUUCCUCCUGUUAGAUAGAAUAUUUCUUGUAAUUUUUGUUUUUUUAAGUUACUAUGUACUAUAUUAUAAUGAUGAUACUAUUAACGAAUAUGAUAUUACUACUACUACUAAGCAAAAUCAUUUAAGAUCAGAGAAAGAAUGAGUAAGAUUUACAAUGCC